AUGACUGAAACACUAGCAGGAGGAGAUUACGCCGCCAUUGUUGGCUAUUUCGUUUUGGUCAUGGCAGUUGGUGUAUGGUCGACAUGCCGACCGAACAGAGACAGCACGGCCGGAUAUUUUUUGGCCGGAAAAAACAUGCACUGGUUUCCGGUCGGUGCCUCCAUCUUUGCCAGCAACAUUGGAGCCCCCAUGUUCAUUGGUCUAGCCGGGACGGCGGCUGCUUCCGGUUUCUCGUGUGCUAUUUACGAGUGGCAUGCUAUCUACCUGCUCAUCGCACUAGGCUGGGUCUUUGUUCCUGUCUACGUCUCCAGUGGGGUGAGGACUCUAGUAGUAACAAAAUAA